AUGAGCUGGCAGAAAUCAAACAGUAGAAAUAAAACUGCCCUGACACUUCUCUUUUUCCCUCUUUUCCACCAGGAUCCAGCAUCAUCGACCACAUCAGAGGCAGACUCAGAUACCAGGGAGAGUGAGCCUGCCACCCUUAACUAUAAACCUUCCCCUCUCCACAUGAAGAUAGACAAAAAGAGAGAGUUGGUUAGGAAAGGAUCACUGAAAAAUGGCAAUGCUGGAAGCCCUGUCAAUCAACAACCCAAGAAAAAUAACGUGAUGGCCAGAACAAGGCUAGUGGUUCCCAAUAAAGGUUACUCUUCUUUAGACCAAAGUCCAGAUGAGAAACCUUUAGUUGCUCUUGACACAGACAGCGAUGACGACUUUGACAUGUCUAGAUAUUCUUCGUCAGGAUACUCGUCAGCCGAGGUGAGGUCUCUAAGGGAACAGCAGAUAAACCAGGAUCUGAACAUCCAACUACUGAAAGAUGGAUACAGGCUGGAUGAGAUCCCCGAUGAUGAAGACCUGGACCUCAUACCACCCAAAUCCGUUAACUCCACCUGCAUCUGCUGCCAAGCCACCUCCUCCACUGCUUGUCAAAUCCAGUAAACCUGUCACCUUUUCCCCUCCCUGUGCUCCCUCUCUCUCUUCCCCUCCCUCUUUCCCUUUCAUAACCUCAGAUAAGACAUCUAAUCAAUAUUACAGAGGGAAAUGUACAGUAAACGUUAUGAUGAACAUGGUGUACAGGAAAAUGUGAACACACAGACACACAAAACACAUUACAUGUGCUAAUACACACACAUACACACAU